AACGGAAAUGUACAGCUAAUCCUUGUUACAAUUGCUACUUGCCCUACAUUUAGUGAUAUUGUAAAAACUAGGGGAUAUCCAUCAUCUGCAUGCACAACUUAGGGAUUUCAAAUGAAAUCAUUGAUAAGUGCAUUAGUAGAGAGAGGCAAACCACUGUUGAUGUAGUGAGAAGAGAGGAAGUUCAGCAGGAGGGGCUUCAGGGAGGGCAGUGCGAACCUUAGUGUAGCUGGAUGUCACUCGGCAAAAUCACACUUUUGGAGUACGCUGUAGUGCAGGACCAGUGUUAAAUGCAAGUGCUUUGAAUCUAGAUUUGUGUAGUUCUGCUUUUCAUUGUGUGAUUUGCACAGCCAGAGAGAGCAAAUGCCAUGUUUUCUGUCUUUUUCAGAUGAGAAUUUGAUGCCUGGAAACAUAUGAGAGAUAGAAAAAGCUAUGCAGAGGUGACAGAUGUCUGAACAUCAGCACAAGAAGCUUGAGAGAGAGAGGGAGAGCACACAAGAGGAAAAACAUCCAUUUAAUCAGCUUUUGAAUAUAAAGAAGAGUCAACAGAGGUGUUUCUAAAAACUCUGUCUGGACUGGUUUAAUUGAUAAUUGUUGUGACUGGCAGGUUCCGGUGCCAGUGUCUGGGUGAAACGAAAGCUAAAUCAGCAUAUUUGCAACAAACACAGGAAAUUUAAACCUCAGGAUCCAACCCAAGUCCGUGAAUAUUUGGAGAAGGACAAUCCAUUAAGAAGAACAUCCUCAGAUCCAUUUCUGAAGCUAAGACCAAAGAGAAUAGCAUCGGGAAGACAGAACCUAUUGCAGUGUGAAACCAGUGCGCCCCCUGCUGUCAGAGCAUCUGACUCUAUGGGGGGAUCUUCCAGUUCUACUUCACUAUCCAUAGUAAAUUCAUCACCAGAUAAACAGAUGAGCCAUCAAGAGCCACAGAUCUACACAUCAGCACCACACGAGGAUGAAUCUCCUCUACAUGUUGGCAUUCAGAACCCCAUGCUCUGGAACAGCAAGGCACAGCCCGUCUUUACCUUGCCUCCAACUGUUGUUCCAGCUUCUAGGCAGUGGACAGUGAUGCAUCAUCGGCCUUUGAGCAAAUCCCAGUCGGUACCUUCUUAUAUCCAGCACAUCCAGACUCAGACUGUUAUGAUUACACACCAACAGCACUGGCCACAGGAGACAUUCCAGCAACACACUGAGACAAAUGCACAUUUGCAAGCGAUCACACAGAGUUCUUAUUCACAGGCUCAUUGUAAGGCACCUUCUCACAUGGUGCGGCCCAUGUCUUCUUCAGUGCUGACAAGAGACAGAGGGAGAGCAAGAGAGGACUUACGCAUACGGUCCCAAUCGGUGUAUAUAAACCGUCACAACAACGGAUAUCUGCCUUUACAUGUUUCCUCCUCUCUAGCCCAAGAUGUCAGGAGAAAACCAAACUAUACCACAGGUUUGGUGUUGGAAUAUAAGAUGCUGCAACAUGAGUGUAACGUUAGAGAUGUGACCAGCUUUCAUACGGAGUAUGCUGGCAGAAUUCAAAGUAUCUGGUCAAGAUUGCAGCAGUGUGGCCUCAAGAGUCAGUGUAAGUUGGUUAAAGGCGGGCCGGCCACGUUGGAGGAACUACUGUCCGUCCAUUCAAAACAGCUUAUUUGUUCAUACUCUGGAUUUUCAGAAAGUACAUCUUUCAUGCCAUAUCAAAGUCAAACAGACCUUGAUACAGUAUUGAAUAGUUCCUGCAGCGCAGCACUACUGAAGAUGUCAGUGGGCAGUGUGAUUGAGCUGGCUGUCCGUGUGGCUAGAGGAGAGCUAAAGAAUGGGUUUGCUGUAGUCACACCUCCAGGACACCAUGCAUCACAUUCUCAAACAUUUGGUUUCAGUAUCUUUAAUUCUGUAGCCAUUGCAGCUAAACAGCUUCAGGAGCGAUUAAACGUUAAAAAGAUCCUUAUAGUAGAUUGGGAUGUUCAUCAUGGUUCUGGAACUGAGGAGAUAUUCUACACAGAUCCUAGUGUCCUCUAUAUAUCCCUGCAUCGCUAUGACAAUGGUUCUUUCUUCAAUGGAAAUGGAAAACCCACCAGGGUAGGAUCUGAUGGAGGGGAAGGCUAUAAUGUAAACGUAGCUUGGUCAGGAGGCCUGAGUCCUCCAAUGGGUGAUGCAGAAUACCUAGCUGCAUUCAGAACGGUUGUUAUGCCAAUUGCUCAUGAGUUUUCCCCAGAUGUGGUCCUAGUUUCAGCUGGUUUUAAUGCAACAGAGGGCCAUAAAGAGGAUCAGGGUGGAUAUAGAGUCUCAGCAGAAUGUUUUGGAUUCUUGACCCGGAAUUUAAUGGAGUUGGCUGAAGGUCGAGUGAUGAUGGUGUUAGAGGGAGGUUGUAACCCCAUAACCCUCUGCAACGCGUUGCAAGCCUGUCUCAGCGCUCUCGUGGGAAACGAGCCUGAGCCUUUAGAUGUGAAGGAAUUAAUGAGGAAACCCUGUGACAAUGCAGUUGAGUCUCUGAAGACAGUUCUACAUGUUCAGAGCAGGUACUGGUAUUCAGUGAGGUCUAUGGUAGACACUGUGUCUCUGUCCUAUGUGAAUGCGGAGAUGAGAUACUCACCAGCCAGUGAAGCUGCUUUAGACCUGGAUAGCCUCCAUAUGACGGUUCCAAAAAGAAGCUGUUUCCCAAAUGAGCCAACGGAGCAUGAUGAAGCUGAAUCGGUGUAGAAGCAAGUAUGUCUGUUUUUCUGAAGGACUUUAUUUCAUUCCAAGCAACGGUCGGACAUCCAGUGCUGUAACAGACUGAAGUUACUAUGUCUUUACACAGUCUCGUGUGAGACAGGAGACAGUUCUCAGGGACUAGGCUGAACAAGAGAACUUCACUGUCAAUCUCAUGUGAUUUAUUCAAAUGCUUAGUCAUUUGUUUGAUAAUAAUUGAUUUUAAUUCUAGCUUGCACAUGAAGCCUCUGGGCAAUGUCAAUGUUUUUUUUACAUUCAGCAAGGAUGCAUUGCUUUCGAACUUUACCAUGAUAUCAGCAUUUGCAUAUAUUCCACUUUUUACAUUGAUGUUUUUAUAGAAUUUCAUUUCAUUUAAUUGUCUUCCAAAGGUUUUGCUGUUCUCAAAAUGUAAUAAACCUGUAUUUUUACUUGUUAAGUUUUGAAAUUAAGAAA